CCUUGACAAUCUUCCCCACAUCAUAACACCGAUCUCUAUCUUACUCUACUCCUUUUUACUAACCACCACAUUCAUCAUGGGAAACGUAAGCCUCUCGCUGUUACUGACUCUACGCGAAGUCCUUCCUCCUAGAGUGAAGCGACCAGCGACUUGAUCGCGCCUUAUCAGACUUAACAUGAGAAUCAUCCACAGGGAGCCAAAGCCGCCACCAAGCGCGAGCGCAACGCCAAGGACACCAAGGCUGGCGGCAAGUCGCAGUUGAAGACCGUAUGUAUCCUCUAUUUGUUGCUUUUAUUGAUUGUUUGAAUCUUGAAGAAGGGGAUAGCUUUUGUAGGGUGGUGUCACGAUCUGUGCAGAGAGAGAGAAAUGUAUAGGUGUGGAAGUGAAAGGGGAAAUCUCCCGACGAUCAUGCUUACGCAGGGACUACAGAACGAAGCUGCAAAGGAUAUCAUCUGCAUGACUUGCAGGUCGACUUUCCUUAAGACUACUCGUGCUCCGGCCUUGACUGAACAUGCUGCCAACAAGCACAACAAGACCCUGCAGGACUGCUUCCCCGGCUUCGUGGAGGCGCCUAAGAAAUGAUGGGAGGGACUGAGAUUGAACGGACUGAAAAAUUGUUACGAAGCCAUGUGUGUACCUGACUUAGCCUAUUAAAGUGGCAUUUUAAGCGAUGUUCAUCAUCCUGCUAGUUACAGUAAGAUUUUGAUGUGAAAACUACAUUCAAAUGGAACAAAGAAA